UACGACCUUACAGGGCCGGGGAGGACCGUGGUGGGAGAGUCCGCAUAUCUCGUCCCCUUAGUGGCCCGAUUCGGCUUUAUACUGGGGUGGGAGCGACAGGCAGGCUGAGUUUGCGCGCUCCUGUGCGUGCCUGUCCGCGCGCCUUCCCGCUCGCACUCUGGAUACAGGGUCUGUCGGCCUGGGACUCACGCUGUGAGCCCGUGUGCUGUCCCGGGCUCCAGAGCCAGCCCCUGCGCCGGUUUGAGGCCCAUGCCCGGCCGCGGGGGCUUGGUGGCGCAGGAGCAGCCCUCCUCCCGGGCGAGCUUCCGCCACCCACCCCCGGGGCGGGGGCGGGCCCCUUGCUCUGCUGUAAGCUCGGGAGCUUCUUCAGACCAUUUCUGGCCCACAGGCCUUCGGAGCAGGCUGGCAAAGCACACAGGCUGAGUGCUGAGGAGAGGGACCAGCUGCUGCCAAACCUGAGGGCCGUGGGGUGGAAUGAGCUGGAAGGCCGCGAUGCCAUCUUCAAGCAGUUUCAUUUCAAAGACUUCAACAGGGCCUUUGGGUUCAUGACAAGAGUGGCCCUGCAGGCUGAGAAACUGGACCACCAUCCUGAAUGGUUUAACGUGUACAAUAAGGUUCACAUCACGCUGAGCACCCAUGAGUGUGCUGGCCUUUCAGAACGGGACAUAAACCUGGCUAGCUUCAUCGAACAAGUAGCAGUGUCCAUGACGUAGACCCUGCCCUUCCUCUUUGAAUUCUUCAGGGGGAAGGGGUGACUGAACUGGGAAUCUAGGGAGGGAGCUGAGGAGCCCCCGGCCUCCCCCUGCUCCCCUCCCAAGACCCAGCUGCCUCCAUUGAGGGGUGAGUCCUUGCUGUGGGAUAUGCCAGUGUCCCCACCAACACCAGGAAUUUAGACCUUUUCCCUGCACCACUCUUUUCGUCCUGGGGGCUCUGUUACACUAAUUUGAAUAAGUUCUCCCCUUUCUUUUCAACUCCCCAGCAACAAUGAUUUUCUUGCCAGGCUGUGUCUCCCUAAUUCUUUUCCCAGGAAGCUGUGAUACAGGGUGAAAUAAAGUCUUGUCUUAGAAACCAGGACCCUAAACCCCACACUAUGUAACAGAAACACAUGUGCUUUUAUGUCUCAAAUAAAACUAUUAUAUCACUUGG